ACGCCGCUGACUAAACACUGAUCAGCGAAUCGAGCGCCAAAGCAUUUUAACAGUUAACUGAAAGGCUACAAAACAACUCAACGGUUUUCAACUGAAGAUUUUGACCGUUUAAACGAUAUAACAUUAUUAUAAAUAGGCCUAUCACUUUUAAUGUAUUUAUUUUAAGUUUACAUUUGUAAGGAUUUUUUUUCCGCUUGACGUUUUGCCGCCAAACAAGUCUAUCUGCUGCAGUUACAUUAAGCUAAUUGAUAAAUCGCUGCAUUUGAGAGGAUUCAAGAGACAUUACAUUACUUCAGCAUGUUUCCAGACUCAAGCACCGGGUACAGCUUCGAGGACUGCAAGGCCACAGCAGACUGGCUAUUGGCCCAGACCUCCGUUCGCCCCGUGGUUGGCAUCGUGUGUGGUUCAGGAAUGGGAGGACUGGCUGACAUGCUGAAAGACCAAGUGGCAUUCAACUACAAGGACAUCCCCAACUUCCCCCAGAGCACAGUGCAUGGCCAUGCUGGACGCUUGGUGUUUGGGACGCUGAAGGGAAGGCCAUGCGUGUGCAUGCAGGGACGCUUCCACCUGUACGAGGGAUACUCCAUCCAGAAGAUCACCCUGCCUAUGCGUAUCUUCAGCUUGCUGGGUGUAGAGACGGUCAUGCUGACCAACGCUGCUGGCGGUCUCAACCAGGACUUCAAAGUGGGAGACAUCAUGAUCAUGAAAGACCACAUCAACAUGCCCGGCUUUGCUGGCAGCAACCCACUUGCUGGAGCAAACGACGACAGGUUCGGUGUGCGGUUCCCCUGUAUGUCGGACGCGUACGACAGAGAGCUGCAGCAGCUGGCUGUGGAUGUGGGACAGGAACUAGGCUACGGUGACUUCCUGCGCGAGGGUGUAUACUGCGUCCUGGGCGGGCCCUCAUUCGAGACCAUCGCGGAGUGUCGCAUGCUGCACAAACUGGGAGCUGACGCUGUCGGCAUGAGCACGGCUCACGAGGUGAUUGCGGCGCGUCACUGCGGCAUGCGUAUGUUCGCCCUAUCCCUGAUAACCAACAGGGCUGUGAUGGACUACGACAGUGAGGAGAAGGCCAACCAUGAGGAAGUCCUUGAGACAGGCCAGCACCGCGCCAUCCAGCUGGAGAAACUGAUCUCUACCAUGGUCACCCGCAUGGAAUACAACAACACCAACGCCUAAAUGAACGAAUGGAACCAACCACCGAACUCAUCGAAAUAGAAUCCCUACAAUGGGAAUCCCAUUUAAGACAAUGGGUGGACUGGCGGCCAUUUUGUGUGUACCAAUGAAGUGUAAGUGAAAUUGCCUUGGUCUGAGGUGCAAAACCGAUUCUAGGAAUUCAAUUUCUAUGGUAAAACUGACUCUGGAUCAGUAGAAACCGACCGCCUUGAAGUUAUGAAACCCAAAGACCUGCUUUUGACACAAGGUUGCCUGCUCUGAGAGCUGUGUGGAACAGUCACUUACUGGCUGACCUCUCACGCUCACAGUCCCUCUUUUUAAAACAUUCUUCCCAUUUUCAAGACGAUGGUGUACAUUCCUGUCAUGCGCGACUCUACAGGCUCUCAAAAAUGUUUAUCGUUAUUAUUAUUGUCUAUUAUAAGUUGAUAAUAUUAACUUAAUAUUGAGCUGAAUGUGUAAAUGUCUUGAUUUAACUUAACAAUGAGAAAGCUAUGGAUCUGCUGUACAUGUCUUUUAACGUAUGUAUCCUGUCUAAUGUACAUUAGUUGUUGACAUAGUGUUAUUUUUGCUCUUGUUCUUUUUUAAAUAUGAAUGUGCUUACUAAAGUUUUGUAUUUAUUCAUGUGAUCAAGUCGAUUGGAGGAUUUAUUGGUUAAUGAUAUCGAAGAUUGUCUAUUUAUAGUGACAAGAUAGUCAAAUGACCGCUCUAACAAUGGAAAUAAAUGUUCUCAAAGAUGGAAGGCAGACGGGAGGAGGUGAGAUCAGGUGGGACCAUUCUAGCCAAUGAGAGGGCAUAUACGCAUGUGAACAGUAGUUUUUCUCAAAGUGGCCUGAAUGCCAUCACUUACAUCAGUACAUUUGUAACAGCUGAAACAUUAUGAAACUUCUAUUCGAUCAAAUACGCUUAAUGUAAAUCAACACACUCUCAUAGUGUCACGAAUAUUACCGAUGUUGGCUCCCCUUCUAGUUCGGGUGGCGCUCGGCGGUCGUCGCCGGUCUACUAGCUGCCACCGAUCCUUUGUUCUGUGUUCGUUUGUUUUUGUCUAAUUGGUUUCACCUGUUCCUUGUUUGGUUGUUAGGGUGGGGUUAUUUAAGUUUGUUUAGCCCGCUUCUGUUUGUGCGGGCUUGUUCUACUGUAUUGUGAGAGGUGUUAGUAUUUGUGUUGGGUUUUUUCGCUGUCCUAGUAUUUUACCAAAAGGGUACUAUUUGUUUUAUAGUUACGCCUGUGUUGGGUAAAUACUAUUUUGAUCUUUUGAUUUUGGACAUUAAAGUGUUUUUUUCCCCGCAUCCUUUGCUCUCUGCUCCUGACUCCACACACACACUCACUCAUUGAGCGUUACACAUAGACCUCCCCACUUGGGUCUAUUUAUCACACAGACAAAUUGUGGGCGAAGUAAAUCCUCUCGCUUCGCCUUUUUCCCCCUCUAAUGCUCACUUGUGUGAAUUAUAAGUUCAGAAAAGUUUGAGGAAGAAACUUGGGAGUAUUCUUUGUGGGUUUAUACAUUUACAAUGGGACACAUUCCAUGAGUCUGAUAUUGAUUUUUGGAAGAGAUGUUAGCUUUGCUCAAAACCCAAAUUAUGACAUAUCCACAUGAAUAUAAUUGUGUUCCGGAAAAGUUUAUUGAAGUUUUGUAUAGAUAGAAAUGGAAAAGGUACAUAAUUCCAUAAUAAGAGCGAGCAUAACACAAUUCCAGAGUGUGCACUGUAAACAACAGUCGUGAUUGCAUAAUGCAUAUAAGACAAAUUAUUAUCAAUCUACACAGAAAAAUGGUAACUAUAGAAUUGAAUGUCAUGGCAAUAAGAAUCAUACUGUUUCCCUCAGUCAAUUUGGCAAAAUGUCUCCAACUGUACUUUACCCUCCUCCAUCCAUGAAUACAUCUGACAUUACAUGCGAUCAGGUUGAUGCCUGCUAUUCCAAUCAAAAAUCAGUCAUCGCUUAUAACCUACAUCACAAAUACUAAAAUACAAAUAGCCACUGGGCACACACUGGUUGAAUCAAUGUUGUUCCCAUGUCAUUUCAAUGAAAUGACGUUGAAUAGAUGUUGACUUGACGUCUGUGCCCAGUGGCUAGUUUCAUGUUCCCCUUGGAACACUAAACCUUUUUUUUAAAUAAAAAGCUGGGAUAUCCUUGAAGUGUCUUUGGCAUUCAUUAAAAAUGAGGAUAUCAAGUUUUGAGUAUGUGGCAUUACAAUGAUAUUGUGGGGGUUUUCCCACUGAAAAGUACUGACAUAUACAGACUUCUAAAACAAAUUGUCAUGCCGGUGAUUCAAUCCUCUAAGGAUGAUGAAGUACUUCCAAAUUACAAUAGCACUUUGCCUUCUUUCUCAGCAGAGAAAAUCCUUUUGACCCAAACUCCAUGCCAACACCCCCAUUGCCUAUUCCUGAAACACAGGUCACAAAAUGGCUUCCAAAAGGAACGUUGAAAAUAUGACAAGGCAAUUGUGAAAAUUGGCACAAGAUGUAAAACAAAAACUUUAGGAAGUUUUCUUCCUAUCCAAUAGGAGGCAGUAUCAAAAUUCCCUGCCGUCUUCCUCUAUGUUGUGGCGCCAUGUGAGUAGAGUUGUCUCCCUCUGUUUCUAAGGUAACAGGCAAUGUCUUGGCACAUGAUCCCCAUAUUAAAUGUUGUAAACAUUACUCAAGUUU